AGGGUGGCGGCCGGGCGUGCUGGAAGUCCGCGGACUCGGGCAGCGGUGCCGCGGGGCGCGCGGGCGGGCGGCGAGCGGGGCCGGCGGGAGGCGCCGGGCCGGGGGCGGCCGCCGCCGUCCGGGGAGCGCGGCGGGCGGGUGCGGAGGAUGGAGCUGAACUCCCUGUUGAUGCUGCUGGAGGCGGCCGAGUACCUGGAGCGCAGGGACCGAGAGGCCGAGCACGGCUACGCCUCGGUGCUGCCCUUCGACGGCGACUUCGCCAGGAAGAAAACAAAGGCGGCCGGCCUGGUGCGCAAGGCCGCGAACAACAGGUCUUCACACAAUGAACUUGAAAAGCACAGACGGGCCAAGCUCAGGCUGUACCUGGAGCAGCUCAAGCAGCUGGUGCCCCUGGGCCCUGACAGCACCCGCCACACCACGCUGAGCCUCCUGAAGCGCGCCAAGAUGCACAUCAAGAAACUGGAGGAGCAGGACCGCCGGGCACUGAGCAUCAAGGAGCAGCUGCAGCGCGAGCACCGUUUCCUGAAGCGGCGCCUGGAGCAGCUGUCUGUGCAGAGCAUGGAGCGGGUGCGCACGGACAGCACGGGCUCCGCCAUCUCCACGGACGACUCCGAGCAAGAGGUGGACAUAGAGGGCAUGGAGUUCGGGCCCAGCGAGCUGGACAGCGUGGGCAGCAGCAGCGACGCUGACGACCCCUGUGGCCUGCAGAGUGGCGGGGGCAGCCUCGGGCCCCCCUGCCGGAGGGGCUGCCCCAGCCUCUCUUAGGCCCGGCCCCCCGGCCAAGCACCUCAGCCCGCCAGGCCUCCCUGUGACCGCCGCCAGACUCCUCCUCGGGCCACCGCUGUGCCAUUCUGGAAGCUCCUGCCGCCGCCCGGGCUGCCUGCCCACCUCUCCCCGCUGGGCAGGGCCCCCUGCGGGAGGCAGGGUCCAGCUCCCACUCCUGGGGAGCCCAGCGUAGCCGCCCACAGUCUGUUCUCAGAGCCCCGAUCAUUCCGGAAGUAUUAAAUGUCAUUGCUGCAAACCUCGGCGGGCGCCGUGUAGGGGCUUAAUGAACACCUUGGGGGCUUGGACUCCCCACCCCCGGAUCCCAGGAGGAAGGAGCGGACCGAGGAAGGAAGGGAGGAAGGAGCGGCUCUCCGUCCGUCCGUCCGUCCGUCCAUCCGUUGGUCCACGUGGGCUCCUGAGGCAUGGAUGGAGGGGCCGUGAAGGGCGGGUGAGCACCCUGGGGCAGGGGGGUGGUGGAGCCUUCCCACAGCUGGGGUCUCAGGCCAGGGCCCCCCUGCACUGGGCUGGGAGCUUCUGCUCUGUUCAGAGGGGCCAGCGAACCCCCACCCCCCACCUCCCACGUCACACAUGCCACGCUUAGGCACACACGCACUCACACGCACAUGUCCAGACCCCCCGACCCACUUGUCCCAGGGCAGCAACCUUCAGGGGGCCCUGGGCAAACGCUGGCCCUGGCUUCCCCAUCCCCACGCCAGCCCUGCUCCCCUGCACCUGCCCACCUGGUCCCACAGGGGCUGGGGGGAGCUGGGGUGGGCAAGGGGCAGCCCCUGGCCCGUCAGCCUUUCUCAUUUCCCCCUUUGAAAGAAAAGCAAAAAGAAGCAAAUGCUGCCCCUGCCGGGAGGCUCCAGCCCCCAGGCCACCCUGGGCGGCACCCCACGCGGCCUCCCUCGCAUCCCCCUGGAGGGGCUUUUCCCCACGGGUCCUGCCGUGGCAGGCUGCAGGGAGAGAGGCUCGGCCUCAACAGCCAAGAUGAGAACUGUCUUUUUUUUUUAAGAUAGAAGCUCUAAAGACUGUCGGCCGAGUGUCACUAGCAUGUGCCGGCUCUAUUUCCUGACCGAGAUUUUUGUACUCUAUUUUCCUAUCCAUUGUCGUGUCCUUGUUUGCCGAGGGUGGGGUGGCCCAGCGUCUCAGGGACUCAUCUGUCGCCGCUGUCCUAGCGUGCCUUGUGCCCGCCUGCGCCCCCCCCCCCAGCCUGUCCUUUGUGGCUCUCGGGUGCCCACGGGCCUUGCCAGCUGAUCCCCUCCCAGCAGCCACGGCUUGAUUGGGAGAGGAUGCCCCACCGGGCCGUGUCGGGCUGUGCUGGGCAGGGGUCUGCUGCCCGGGCCCCCGCGGGAGACCCCCCGGCAGGCGGGUGCCUGCUCUGCACCUUGUGGCGCUUGCUUGCUCACCAGAGAAGUCGGUUCUCCGCUCGCAGCUGGCUUACACCUCCUGCCCGCCCCCCCCCAACCUUGGCAGCUGACGUGGACCACCGUUCUCCCCUGGGUGGUGCGGGCAGGCCCGGGUCCUCGUCCCCGGGACCAACACAGCAAUACUUGAGGCAGCCGGGGGCUGGUGCCCAGCAGCUCCUCUGGUGCAUUUUAGCCAAUUUCUGAAUCAUGGGGAAGAAUUAGUAUUUUAUCUUCAGUCCCACUGACUGGUACCCCCAGGGCGGUGGUCUUCUGGGGCAGAAAGGGGAUCCUGCGACCAGCUCUGGCACAGAACCUGCUCUGCUGGGGCUGGGAGCAGGGGGCAGAGAGCAGGCCAGUCGCAGGGCAGGGGCAGGCCAGUGGGGGUGCCCCGACGCUGGGGGGCCAGGAGUGCUUGGGAAGGGGUUUCCCUUGCUGCCCCCCCCUGCCAGCCAUGCCCCAGCACGCUUGUUCCGAGCAGGCCCGGAGUCCCCAGGUCUAAGAGCCCGGAGAACCCCGGGGCCCCUGGAGGGGCUGUGCUUCGCAUUCUCAGAGCGUCAGCCCCGCACCCCGCGCCCCAGCACCUUGUAGGUUCGACGGCCACCUCUGGCUGGCAGAAUCCAGCAGGGGGGCUGGCUGUGGGCACCCAGCCGACCCUCCCGGCAGCUCACCCAUGGCUUUUCAGGCCUUGGUCCCCACCUGGGCUGGGGAGCUGGUGCUGACCACUCAGGGGCUCUGGGGUCUGGGAUGCCCCCUGCCCCCAGCACCAGCCUUCACCUGUCCCGAUCAGAGCUGAGGUGUGCUGGUCCACAGGGGCAGGUGACGGGCUCGGAGCCACACUCCCAUCCCUCCUGGCCCAUAGGUGGCUGUGGCUGCUGGCCAGGGAGACCCUGGGGGGCCGUGCGAGGCCACGACAGGACAUUCAGAGCCUUUCUGAGAAAGCCACUAGGACCAGAAUAGGGCUCAGGUGCCUGAGUCCUGUCCCUGUGCGCCGCCCCGAGCUGCCAUGCCACAGCCUGGAGUCCAGGCUCGAGUUGGGGUCUCCUUGGCCUCGCUGGGAGGCAGCUCCUCACCCGGCCACCACCGCCCCGGUCGAGGGGAAAGGCCUGCCCUGAGCCCGUCUCUCGGAGGCUCAGCACCCCAGUGUGCUCCCCUGGGUGGUCAGAGCCGCUGGCUGAGUGGCGGACUGCCCUACAAGUCCCACCUGCAGGGCGCAGCGGGCUCCUCCAGCCUUGGCUCUGUCUACGUCAGCAGGGGUGGGUGGGUGGCCUGCCAUGUCCAGGGCACCAGGGCAGGUUCUGUGCCAGAGUGUGGGGCCACGUGGAGGGCCGGUGCUGGUGAGGUGGGCUGUGGGAUCAGGUCAUGGAGAGUGAAAUUGGGCCCCCCAUCCCCGGCCCACCAGGUGGGACUGUGCUGUAUCAUUCUGUCUUUGUAAUAUAAAUACAGAUUUUUAUACCUCACA